AUGCCAAACAAUGAGGAGGAUAACCAGCCUGAGCAACUGGAGGACUAUGUUGGAAUGGAAGACCUAGAAAAAGAUGGGAGUAACGAUUCCUCCGACAUUGCUAUGACUCCGUUUGAGUUGAUGCAGAGAUGUGAAAAAUCCAAAAAUAAAAAACCUAGUGGAUGUGGGCCUCCUCACUUGACUCUGACUCCAUCUCUCAGGUCACAUCUCUCUACUGUGACCUCGUCUAGCUCGAUCACAGCACUCGAUCUCCUCCACUCCAUCUCUCCACUCUAUCGCUCCAGAAGACACCUAAAACUGACACAAAUAGUGAAUCCAAUGGACGAGGAAGUUGCAUUCGAAGAAUAUGGAAGCUUUAUGGAUUUUGAUGUUUUGGAAGGAUUGCAGUCGGAACCAAGCAAGAAGAAGGCAAAGCUGAGUGGUGACAAGGAGGCAGCAAGUGGCUCGCAAUCUAAAGGAAAUAAUGAGGCGGAUUACUCUUAA